AUGAAGUUCAUAAAGCAGUUUGCGAUCCUACUUAUGUUCAUUGUUACAAUCAGUUCAGCAUUUCUAUUGCCUCCUCCCAACAUUAAAUUAGGAGAAUUGAAGAAGCAGAAACCUCUCGACAGUACACUCAUUGCCUGUGGAGGCUCAUUCUGCCUACCAGAAAACUGCAACGAAUAUUGCGACCAAAAUGGAGAAACUACAUUUGAGUGCGAGUAG